AUGACGGCCCGUUGUAAAUCAGCUGUAAAUCAACUUGACAAGGACGAGAGGAAACCGAAAAUGAAACCAGAAUUGUCCGCGGCUGGACACCGACAUGCUCACACUGUCCAGAUCCUAACCACCUGCCACAGACGUUAUCCCACUUCGAGGUUACCAAAUUACAAACUGUCCACGAUGAAGAAGAGGAAACGACCAAAGUCUAAGACGCCCACCAAAAGUAGAAAGCUAAUCAACGAGGAUUCCUGGCGAGAAGAAUUAGAAAACACCUUGAUAAACGAUGAUGCCUGGUGGUGUAUCGUGACGAUGAUGGUUGAGAUGAUUCCUGAGCACUCGAAGUGCGUGUCGAUCUUCAACGACGCUGCUGAAGAAGGCAAGCGGAAGGCCAUUUACUCCCUCAGCUACCAGAAAAUGCUGUACUCCGUAAGAAUGUUGUCGAGGCAGAACCUGGAUAAGUGUCCGACAGUGCAGGGCGUUUGUCAUUACGCGAGCAAGGUGUUGAACGAGGCCAAUGGCGAGCUGCCAACCUGGCUGACGGCGCGGAUCAUCAAGUUUUUGAUAUAUCGAGCCAAGGAGGAAACUAUUGGCGUCGUGAAGAGGCUGGCCGACUUGGAACGCGAUAUCGACGAAGAGUAUCGCAUCAUGCAGACCGUCGUCGAUUGGGGGCAACCAGGAUCGAAGGGCUUCGACGCGGAGAAAUUCAAUAACAAAGCGAACACAAGACUGCGAAAAUGCAACGAGGAUUGGCGCGACGCUAUCUACGUGGACGACGCGCCCUCGAACGGGCCGAAUCUCUUCAUUAUUCUCUCGGGUUUUCACGAUCCGGAUCUACCAGAGCACUUAUUAAGCGCAGGGGUGCCAUUGUCGUUCAUACUUCGGAUCAAACGGUCGAAUAAAGAGUUCGAACGCCUAGCGGAGUACGAGACGAUCCAGAGAACGCCUUUACAAACCAAAAGUCUGCUCCAUUUCGAAAGCUACGAGAGCAGUGGUCAGGAUCUGUUUAAAUUCUGGGAAACAAUCGAAACGCGAGUCGUAGAACCAGAAACUUAUCCGAUACUCUGUGACGUCGCGUUUGUCACAUUUCGACCUCCAAGAUUGCCAAAAAUCUACGACGAGGAUGAAUACGAGCGUUUGAAGAAGAAUAUGUACGACAGGGUGUCGUAUUUCGUGUACGAUCUCUUCGACCUUUAUAGACAGCAUUCUAAUUACUUGAAGGUUAUGAAAGUGGAAGAGCGUAUUAGUGAUAAUAGCGAGGAAAGGUGUGAUACGCAGGUGUAUGAGACUUUGUUGGAUGCUCUACCUGGGGAAUGUGCUUCUGUUCCGAUGAUAUUGGUCGCGAUGUUGCUGCAGAUUGAAAGUAAUGAGAAGGCCUUGAUGGAGGAGGCUGUAGACGAAAGAGGCGAUGCAGGCAUUGUUGAGAGGACUAGCGAAUACCAACAUGACAACACGAGUCCAUCGCCUGUUUCGUUCGUCGAGCAAAAAAUUGCGGCUCUUAACGCGAAAUUCGAUCUCAACGAAGAGCAUAAUGCCAACGACACGGAACAAAUUGUAACCGACAUCGAAUUAAUUCUCGGCGAAGAUAUUCUGAACGAAACCAUCCGUCUUCUCGAUGACUCUGCAAACUUCCACGUCCCGAGCAGAUCCGACUUGAUCGACAACAUCCUGCCCGCCUUUUGGCAUCCAAAUAUCACGAGUCUACACUCGCAACACGAGGUCCCGGCGAAGAAGCUCGAAGAGUACUCCCGUCAUAUCGAUAAAACUCGACGGUACUUGGACGUCGAGACGAGCCACGAGGAAGUCGGACACUAUUUACACAUCCUGAUGUUCGACAGGAUGAUAUCCGGGAAGUCCGGGAGUGAAAACGGAACGUCGAGGGCCACGAACGAAACAGAGAGACGGUCGAUGAAUUUGCAACGUUCGUUGGCCUCGAUGAAUCGCAGCAAAUCAGCUCCCAGCUUGACUUCCAAAGCGAGCUUGGAAAUCCACUUCCGCAGCGACGGUAACAUCGAUUAUGGCAACGUUCCGCUGAAGCUUGUCGAUUGUGCUCCCUUGUUCGACUUGAUAGAUCCCAGAGAAUUGCUAGUCCCGGGUUACCUGAAAGAGAAUGUCUUCGACGUACGAUCCAAAACAGAACCGAACCUCGAAGAAUUCGACGACGUCGAACUGUUGACAAAAUCGAUUUUCCUGCAGUCUCUUCACGAGUGCCUUCUCUCGUACGACAGUCGCAGGGUCCUGUAUUUCGAGCCGACGGACUCGGUGUUGCUGUACUUCGACGACGAAUGGAAAGUUAAUGGGGUGAACGAGGUGGAAGGAAUCUCUAGCAUUCGGACGCCUGUCCGGUUUCGUGACUUCUGCGAGUACGUCGUGGCCGAGGAGGACGAUUGGAUACGGCGGGAGGAUCAGAUCUAUAGAUUGCAGACGAGCGAGUCGAUGGGAAGAUUGAUGAAGAGGGCUGCGGAGGUGAGCGACGAGACGCUGCUGUUUCGCGACGAGGAUUUCAUUCUGCCUUGGUCUCUCAAGGCCAGGGAUCUUGAUAAAAGCGAGGGUGCUAUUGAAAGGAGAUUCGACGAAGAUACACAAGUCUCUUCCAGCGCUGGAGGGACAACGGAGCGUUCAAAGAAAGGUAAAAGGGAAAAAAGGAAGGCCGCGAAAAAAGGAAGACAAAAGGAGAAAAAGUCAGUUGUUGACGACGGACCCACUUUGACCAUGGAAAGAAGCACGUCGCCUCAUGACACUGAAAAGGAGACGACUUAUGAGUUCAUAGGCUACGACCUGGGCAGAUUACGAGUGCAUGUGACCAAUCGCAGGAAAACCUUCUUCUCGGAGGAUGGCACUCUGGUGAGGGUUGAAGUGGACGACUGGCUGUACAAGAAUAAGGACUUACGUAUCACGGUUACCCUUCGAGGCUACAGUUUACGAUUGUUCCAUCGAAUCAACGAUCCCGAGAAUUCCAAGGUGUUUCAUUUAACAAGUCCAAUGGGAAUCAUCCUUGCUUUCCAGAAACUGCUCGAGCCUGAACAUGCAACGGAGAACCCCUUCAAGAACUCUUGGCCAGACUGGAGUCUCGAUUUUCGAGCAUCAUGGCCGACUGGACUACUCGUAGAACCGAUCGGCGGCGACAGCGAGGAGAAUCCGUUUUACAUUCGUCAAUCGUACAUCCGCAAAAAGUCUAACGACGAAGUUUGCCGAAAGUUUUUGAGAAACGGAACGAUUUUGAAGUACUUGGACGACGGCAAGGUUGUUGUUCUCCGACCUAACGGUGACAUCGUUACUUGCAUUGGUUUCGAGAAGUUUCAACUGAACGAAGAUGAAAACUUCAAUAAGGAAACCAACUUUGCGAAAGGCGACAGACCAAGCAAAGGGUUGAAACUUUCAUCUAAAAGCAAAAAGAAACCGGCGAGGUCCUCGAAGUCUCAAUUGGCCGGAGUGGUCGAGCAAGAUCCUGCGCUCGCACUGCAGGAUUCAACGACGGUGAAUCAAAAUUAUGGAAACGGGGUGUCGAUGACGGACUCCGCGGUCAAAGUGUCACGAUACACGGUACUGAAUCACGAUGGCAGACAGUACGAGGUGUACGACGACUUGGUCGUAAGUGAACACCAUCGAUUACUCGUGAGGACAGCGUCGGACUACGAGGUCGACGAGAAGUUCACGCGUCGGGCUGACGGCACCGACAUGUUGCUGAAUUCCAAUGGAGAGCUGGUCGUCGAGUUCCCUGAUGGCACACGUAUCACGACCGGUUACACGAUAGAGGAGGAACCAGCGAUGUGUGACUGGACCGAGGACGAGAUUCGACGAUACUUUGCAUUCGAUGGAACAAAGGGAGAGGAGGAGGGGCACGAUCGCGGAUCGCCAGCGAAUUUUAAAUUCCACGAGGAGGGUUCCUCGAGACUGUUCGCGGAAUACGACGAUAUCGUCGAGAUAUUGAUCGCGGACAGCUUUGUCUCCGUCCUGUUGACAUGUCGCGCGGAGCACAAGAACUACGCCACGGUGUUCUAUGAUCAGUCAGCAGUUAGUUGCACUCUAUCGAUGCCCGACGAUCUUCGAGUCAGCAUAUCGAGACGGGGUCAUUACAAAGUUUCGAUGGCGGACGGAGUUAAUCUGAAGGAGCAAAAACUGAGGCCGACAAAUUUCGAUAGAAGAGACUUGAUACGCAGUACCUACUCGAUUCCGUACGACUGGCUAUUUCCGUUCGGGAAAAACGGCGAUGGAAUUUGGGAAAGCACCCACGAUCUUCCUUUGACGACUGGUAUCGAAUUGACCGUACCCAAAUUAUUGAAUGUACGCGUUUUAUACGGCUUCAAGGAACCAGACGGAAACGCAGUGAUCGAUAUCCAAAGAGCACUCGGACGCUAUUGGAUGUCGUUGGUCGGGGGUGCAGCUGAAGGGUGCAUCACAGCGAACGAGAAGGGAGAGGACACGCAAGUCGAGAUCAAGACACGGCACGAAUACUUGGAGGUCGACUUACAUGAUUUGGCGCUAGGCAUCAAAAAGACGAUCGACGUCGCAACGUACAGAAGCGGCUUUGAAAAGCAGUGGAAGGCACCGAGGGCGAUGCAGCCACGAAAAUCGAUCGAAUUCGACGAAUUGCUCGAGCAGAAGGCUUCAAAGAGGGAAGCGCUCGAAUGGUACAAACGAUGCUUCAGGGAAAGAUUCAUUCUACCGUACUUCCAGAAUAUCGCCGGAUCGUGUUUCCUUUGGGUACGGGAUUGCGUGGAAAACGCCUCGAAAAUAUCACUGGCGAACCGGUUGGCUGCCGAACCUGGCGAAAGUCAAAAGAUUCACCACUUCGACGACGACUGCAACGCGCAGGAGCGACAGGAUCUAGACUAA